AUGAAAGUGAAAGGUUACAAGAAUAAUAGUUAUAAAGGUGGAGGUUAUGGUCAUCUUCAUAAUGAGAAAAGUAGUGGAGAUAAUAGAUCUGAAUCACUUCCUGAAGUGAAUAAGGUGUACACUCACCAUGCUAGGCGUGGAAUAUGUCGUGGUUCUAAUCGUGAUCGUGGUCGUGGACGUGGACGUGUUCGUGGUCAUGAUUAUGGUCAAGAACGUAAUUCUAUUCCUGGUAUUCAUCAUACAUCAAAUAAAAAGGAAAAAAGAAAGGAUGAGAAACAGAAAGCAACUAGGGAAAACUAUUUUCAAUGUGGUGGAAGACGUGAUUGUCGUACUCCUAAACACUUGAUUGAGUUUUAUCAAGAAUCACUAAAGAAGAAAGAGAAAAUUCCUGACGCAAAUUUUAUCUCUGAAAAUCAAGUUGACAUCACGCGCUUGGCUGUAGCAGAUUUUUUCGCACAUCCUGAAGGAAAGAGAGAUCAAUUAAUUGGUGAUGGUUCUGUGAACAUGGAUGAAUGA